CACUCACUCAUGUCGCUGUCCAAAACGCUGUUUUCCUGUUCUACACGGCGUUUGGGACGCGGUUGUUGGUGUCAGUAAGCGCCGUAAUUUACGGCUUUUAGUAGCACUUAACGCGGUUAUUAACGUCUGUUUGGUUUCAAUACCUUAUUUGGAUUUUGCAUCAAUCACAUGGCUAGAUUUCAACCGCUUAGGAGAACAACACCAAGUAAAACUGCUGGCUAAACUGCACUAUCUAUAUUCUUUAGAAGAUGAACCCACUAACUUGGACGAGAUGCCACUGAUGAUGUCCGAGGAAGGUUUUGAGAACGACGAGAGUGACUACCACACUCUGCCCCGUGCUAGGGUCAACCAGAGACGGAGGGGCUUGUGCUGGUUCCUCAUAGGGGGCUGGAAAAUCCUCUGUGGCAGCUGCUGUGACUGCUUGACUCGUACAUGUCGGAGGAGGAAGGAGCUCAAGGCCCGGACAGUGUGGCUUGGCCAUCCGGAGAAGUGUGAGGAGAAAUACCCCAACAAUGGCUUCAAAAACCAGAAGUACAACUUCUUCACCUUUGUGCCUGGGGUUCUUUACCAGCAGUUUAAAUUCUUCCUGAACCUGUACUUUCUAGUGGUGGCCUGCUCCCAGUUUCUGCCAGCCCUAAAAAUAGGCUACUUGUACACCUACUGGGCACCUCUGGGCUUUGUGUUGGCUGUUACAAUGGUGCGGGAGGCUGUGGAUGAGGUCCGACGGUACCAGAGGGACAAGGAGAUGAACUCUCAACUUUACAGCAAGCUCACAGUGCGAGGCAAAGUUCAAGUGACGAGUUCUGACAUACAAGUGGGUGACCUCAUCAUUGUUGAAAAGAAUCAAAGGAUCCCUGCAGAUAUGAUAUUUCUGAGGACAUCUGAGAAAGCUGGUUCAUGUUUCAUAAGGACAGACCAAUUAGAUGGAGAGACCGACUGGAAGUUGAAAGUUGCAGUUGUUUGCACACAAAGACUUCCUGCUCUGGGGGACCUGUUCUCAAUAAACGCUUACGUCUAUGCUCAGAAGCCCCAGUUGGACAUCCAUAGCUUUGAGGGAAACUUCACAAGAGAAGACAGUGACCCACAGAUCCAUGAGAGUUUGAAUAUAGAGAACACUCUUUGGGCCAGCACUGUUGUGGCAUCUGGCACCGUGAUAGGGGUGGUGAUCUACACAGGCAAGGAGACCAGGAGUGUACUAAACACAUCCUCCCCCAAGAAUAAGGUGGGUCUCCUGGACCUGGAGCUAAACCGCCUCACAAAAGCUCUAUUUCUGGCUCAGGUGGUCCUGGCUGUCGUCAUGGUAGCGCUGCAGGGAUUUGUAGGCCCCUGGUUCCGCAACCUGUUCCGCUUCAUUGUGCUCUUCUCCUACAUCAUCCCAAUCAGUUUGCGUGUCAAUCUGGACAUGGGGAAGUCGGCCUAUGGUUGGAUGAUCAUGAAAGAUGAGAACAUCCCUGGCACAGUGGUACGGACCAGUACUAUCCCUGAAGAGCUGGGCCGCUUGGUAUACCUGCUGACAGACAAAACAGGCACUCUGACACAGAAUGAGAUGAUCUUCAAGCGGCUGCACCUGGGGACAGUGUCCUAUGGAACAGACACCAUGGAUGAGAUCCAAAGCCACAUAUUGCAGUCGUACGCACAGCCAAGCUCCCAAACCCAGCACUCCAACAGUGGCACUGGCUCUGCCCUCCCAGGAAAGCCCAAGCCUACCACUGCCCCCAAGGCGGCAGCGCCCAAGGUCCGUAAGAGUGUCAGCAGCCGCAUCCACGAGGCGGUGAAGGCCAUCGCACUGUGUCACAAUGUCACGCCUGUCUACGAGUCCCGCGGUGUAAACGGAGAGACCGAGUCUGCUGCCGCUGAAGCCGACCAGGACUUCAGCGAUGACAACCGCACCUACCAGGCCUCUAGCCCUGACGAGGUGGCCCUGGUACAAUGGACAGAGAGUGUCGGGCUGACUCUAGUUAACAGGGACCUGACCUCCCUGCAGCUGAAGACACCGGCAGGACAAAUCCUCACCUAUUACAUUCUGCAGAUCUUUCCCUUCACCUCCGAGAGCAAGAGGAUGGGCAUCAUCAUUAGGGAGGAGACCUCCGGUGAAAUCACAUUUUACAUGAAGGGUGCUGACGUUGCCAUGGCGAGUAUUGUGCAGUACAACGAUUGGCUGGAGGAGGAGUGCGGAAAUAUGGCCCGAGAAGGUCUGAGGACGCUGGUGGUGGCCAAGAAGUCCCUGUCAGAGGAGCAGUAUACAGACUUUGAGAACCGGUACAACCAAGCCAAGCUGAGUAUUCACGACCGGGCCAUGAAGGUGUCAGCGGUGGUAGAGAGUCUGGAGAGGGAGUUGGAGCUGCUGUGUCUCACAGGAGUGGAGGACCAGCUACAGGCUGACGUGAGGCCCACGCUUGAGCUCCUCAGAAAUGCUGGCAUCAAGAUUUGGAUGCUGACUGGGGAUAAGUUAGAGACGGCCACAUGUAUCGCCAAAAGCUCCCAUUUGGUGUCUAGAAGCCAAGAUAUUCAUGUCUUCCGACCGGUCUCCAACAGAGGAGAGGCCCAUCUGGAGCUCAACGCCUUCAGAAGGAAACACGACUGUGCUCUGGUCAUCUCUGGAGACUCUUUGGAGGUGUGUCUUCGAUACUAUGAGCAUGAGUUUGUGGAGCUGGCAUGUCAGUGUCCGGCGGUGGUCUGCUGCCGCUGCUCCCCCACUCAGAAGGCCCAGAUAGUCCACCUGCUCAAGCAGCACACGGACAACAGGACAUGUGCCAUAGGUGAUGGAGGUAACGAUGUCAGUAUGAUCCAGGCAGCAGACUGUGGCAUCGGCAUUGAAGGAAAGGAAGGGAAGCAGGCGUCCCUGGCUGCAGAUUUCUCCAUCACACAGUUUAAACACAUCGGCCGUCUGCUCAUGGUGCACGGCAGAAACAGCUAUAAGCGCUCGGCAGCCCUAGGACAGUUUGUCAUGCACCGAGGCAUGAUCAUCUCCACCAUGCAGGCAGUGUUUUCCUCAAUAUUCUACUUUGCAUCAGUCCCUUUGUACCAGGGUUUCCUUAUGGUUGGGUAUUCUACCAUUUACACUAUGUUUCCUGUGUUUUCCCUGGUGCUGGACCAGGAUGUAAAGCCAGAGAUGGCCCUACUAUACCCUGAGCUUUACAAAGACCUCACCAAGGGUCGUUCCUUGUCUUUUAAGACAUUCCUCAUAUGGGUGCUAAUCAGUAUUUACCAAGGUGGCAUCCUGAUGUAUGGUGCCCUGCUGUUGUUUGAGUCUGAGUUUGUGCACGUGGUGGCUAUCUCCUUCACUGCUCUGAUUCUGACCGAGCUGCUCAUGGUGGCGCUCAACAUCCGUACCUGGCAUUGGCUCAUGGUUCUAGCUGAGUUCCUAAGUCUGGGAUGCUACGUGGCCUCACUUGCCUUCCUCAACGAGUACUUUGGCAUAGGCAGGGUGUCUUUUGGAGCUUUUCUGGAUUUGGCCUUCAUUACGACACCGGCAUUCCUGUGGAAGGUGACUGCAAUGACCGUGAUCAGCUGUCUUCCUCUCUACAUCAUCAAAUACUUGAAACGCAAGUUCUCACCACCAAGCUACUCCAAACUGUCCUCAUGAGCCAUUUUUAAGUGCUUUCCUACUUGCACUUUGACCCUGCUCUAUUACACUAUCUCUUUUCCAAUCUCUCUUUUCAAAACUGUUUUAUUAAACUGUCCCACAGAGAUUACAUUUUUACAGGUACACUGCACAUUAAUCAACAUGUCAGUAAAAGUGCCGGUUUUAGCCAGCCGGCUAAACCGCUGUCCCUGGGCAGUUUAUUAAAAACAAAUACAAUAACAUGGAUGGACUGGGAGCUUAAAGAUGUUGAGGGGCCACUAACAGCAAAAUAUUUAAAGAGUAGUGCAUGCCUUUAUGUCACUCUGUUUUGGGAAUACUUGAAAAGGCUCAACAGAAAGGAGUGAAAACUAAACAAAUUACCUUUUGACAGGAAGUCUCUGGGUCAAUUUGGCUUCUGUUUUAACACACCUCUAACCGAUUGGCUUCAAGUCACACUUUUUUUUAUAACUUGAUGACUAUAGCUUCUGCAUUUAACUUUUUCUAUGAAGUUCUGGAUAUUUUUAAUUCACUGUUAUUAUACUAAAUAGAGAUUCUACUGUGACGAUAUAAUUUUUGGUUGACAAUUCUGUGUCCUGAUUUCAAAGGACUGUAAAUACAAAAUUAAUCACAUGCAGCAUUUUA